CAUCUCAUCUCAUCUGCCAUCAAAGAAAAGAUUUCGAAAAAAGCACGCUAAUCCAACUAUGGAGACGGGGAAACAGGAGGAUGAGUCGUCCUACGGAGGACGGUGGGUAUUCGACAAAUCCAAACAAAGAACUGUGUUCAUCGUAGAAAAACAUCGCCUUCAGUCUCCACCUAUACCUACGACUGUUAUUCCGCUGCCGAGUCCGCCAUCGGAUUGCGGCUCGGUAUUCAUGAGUGAUGGAAGCCUUACUGUGUCUAAUUACUGCGGGCAAGGUCCGAACAGUACCUUUGAUAACGAUUCUGUUCUCGAUAGAAGCCAUUAUACAAUUACCGAUGAAAGCACGGCGAAUGAGACAGCAGAAUUAUCGGACCUAGAAGGCCAAAACAAUCUCAGUAGUAUCAUCAAAAGCAAAAGCAAAAACAAAGUCAAGAAUAAGUCAAAGAAAAAGGUGACCGUCGUGGAAUCGAAGGGUUUUCGAGAGGGAGAGAAGGGGAAAGAACGGCAUCGAGCGGUGGCAAAAAAUAGGAAAAAGAUAAAGGGUGAUUGUCGCCGAACGGUACUCUAUAUUUUGUUUGGUCUGUCACUUGUGGCGAUAAUAGUAGGAGCUGGAAUAUCUAUCAUGACUUACUUCGGUCUAAUUAGCUUUGACAAUAAGAACUUUCUCGCCAACAACAGCGAUAACGAGCACAAUACCAGUUUUGAAGAUUCUAUUUUAUCUGAGAAAGAGGCUACUUCGUCUCCUGAGAGUUGGACCAUCCCAGACAUUCAGACCACGAGUAAUGAAGAUACAGAUCAACCUGCGAUUGCAUCUACGGUUUCAGUCGAACACAAAAUCAUCACUGAUUUAUUGUCGGGUCCUUUUCAAGUCACGCUCUCCGAUAACGACCAGUCAUUACCGGUUAAUCAAGCUGCCAAUUGGAUGGCAGAAGAAUUGAAAUCGCUUUCUUCUUCCGACCAGAUAGAAGAUAGUGAUAAUCGAGUCAGUGAAAUUCUUUACGACGAUCUUUUUAAGUUUGGUCAGCGCUUCGCUCUCCUCACAAUGCAGUAUUCAUUGAUGGGUGAAUCAGUAUUUUCAUUCGACCGACAGCAAGGUGUGGAUGAAUGCAAGUGGGAGGGUGUUGCGUGCGAUGACUUCGGGCGAGUCAUUGGAAUCGAUUUUUCUGACCUAGAACUUAUUGGGAAUAUUCCUUCCGAAGUUGGCUUCCUUUAUAAACUACAAAUCCUGGAUUUGUCGCACAACAAAAUUGCAGGCACCAUCCCCGAAGAGAUAUACGAGUUGGGGGACUUGCAACGAGUGUACCUUUAUCAAAACAAAUUGACAGGGACUAUCUCAUCGAGGAUUGGAGAAUUGAAUUCGCUUCAAUAUUUGCAUAUGUCGCACAACUCGUUGACAGGAAGCAUACCUACCCAGCUGCAGUCGUGGAGUAAUGAUGUGUUCAGACCAUUAAGUAAGUGCAUGAUGGAUUUGCAGAAAUCGAUAGUAUUGCAGAAACUAUUUUUUGCAGCUUUGAUCUCAUUUUCUAUUCUGUUCUAUCUUUCAGAAUACUUGAAUCUUUACGAUAAUAACUUAUCAGGUACAAUUCCUAGAAACUUGAGGCUACGUGAUCUGUAUUAUUUCGACAUUGGACGUAAUUUCAUUGCUGGGUCUAUUCCCGAAGAUAUCGGCACCGACUUCGUGGAACUUCGAUACCUACAUGUUGAUCGUAAUAGGUUGACAAAUAGCAUCCCAGCUACAAUUCCACCCAUGGCAAGUGGAAGACUGAUAUCUGUCCUAGCAGACCACAAUCGUCUGGAAGGAACUGUUCCUGACAACUGGACUAUGUUCAAUAAACUGGUGCAGUAUACAAUUCACGGUAAGUUUUAAAAAUUGGAAAUGCGUUCUCCUUUGUCGUCAUGAUGGCAUAUUUUUUCAAGCUGAAGUUUGAAUUUCUCAAAAUCAAUUUACGAUGUUUGUUGGCUGUUUUCAUUUCCAAAACAGAAAACCUUUUCGAUUAUUUGGGACCGGCAAAUUGUUACUUCGAUGUAUUUGCAGGUGGUCAGACAGUAGAAUUCAAAGCAGACUGCGGUAUGUUCUUUGCAUACGUGCCCAUAUUUGUAGAAGCGAUCCCUUUUUUUACAAAUAUCAUCCUUUGCUGCAACUUUCUCACACGAAAGCACAUUGUUUCUUUGCCAAAUAUUUACUGCAGACAUCUGCUCAUGUGAUAACAUCUUCUGUGAUGCGAUGUGUUCUUCUUGAUAUCUCCAGGUACCCGAAAGGUCCAAGAAGAAGGGACAGAGUAGAAGAAAUAAACCAGCUACAAGCAU